AUGACCGAUAAAAUUAACACUUCGCGGAAGAAGUUACGCACAAAAACUGGUUGCUUUACAUGUAGACAAAGACGUAAGAAAUGCGACGAGAAGACCCCGAUCUGCGAUUUGUGCCGAUCUUCAGGGCGAAGAUGCAUAUGGCCGUCAGCAAGCGAUUUACUCGAUCGUCGAUACUCCCACCAUAGCGAUUCACGGCACCAAGAUCGUAGCCUCAAAGAACAAAUACCUGAACCCGAUGAUGAAGGCCUUUCCUUGAUACCCAGCUGCAGCACUCAGCCCAUUCAACAUGCCCUCUCUCCCUCCAGCACAUCAACAAACUACGAGAUGGAUUCUGUCUGUCCAUUAGACCUCCUAUCGCAGGCCGCCACCGUACACCGCGUGCUCUCCAACCACCUAGAGCUCCGUGUCUCAGAUCACUUUUCCGAUAAAUACUUUUCCCUCCUCCUACUACCAGACUGUUAUCGCGGAUUCCACGACGGCUGGCUCACCGAAAUCAAGCAGCUGAUGGUGACUCACAAGAGCUUAUACUACUCAGUCUUGGCUUGUGCUGCAUCACACAUAUUCCUCACCGACUCUGUCUGGGAAAUGCAUCCUCUUGCGUUAUCCUAUUACGCUGAAGGGGUGAAAGAACUUCAGCUUUUGCUUGGGAAGGUUGCUCAAUAUGAGAACCACGACGCGCUCCUCAUGUCUGUCAUGCUGCUUUAUCUUCACGGUUGCUUAGGAUGGGGCACGCAUAGUGAUGUUGCACAGCACGUCAAUGCAGCGACGCGUAUAGUAACUUUGAGACUGCUCGACAAACCGGCCGGCAUUCAACGAUUGUUCGACAGACUCGCCCUUGAAAGUGUCAUCUAUCAGCAGUUCCUGCUCUCAACAGGUCUAUGGUCAGAAAGCAGCCAAUCUGACUUUGUGUUCGACCCGGAUUUCUGGGAUAGUGUUGAGAAGCUCCUCAACAGGUCCUCACUCUUGUCAGGAGCGCCUUGGAAUGUUGAAAGCCCUGUCUUAGGGGUGCCGUUGUCUUUCUUCCGCACAGCCAUAAUUCUACGAGAAUGUUAUCGCUCGGGUGUCAGUUUAGAUCCCGCAGUUUUCAGCCAGAUACAACAAGAGGUACAGUUCUGGGAAGCACAACUCUGUGAUCCGGACUCAGAAUCCAUUUACACCUCCACCGAUACAGUGAGAAAGAUACCCAGCUUAAAAAUCAGGGACGAAACAUAUUUAUAUGCGUUAGUUGCGUCUCUCCUGUUGGAAGAGAUUAGUGAGAAUGGGAGUAGAGUGACUAUGCCAUCGGCUGUAUCAGGGGACAAGUGGCAGAUAAAAAUGUUCCUACGAAUUCUCAAGAGUCACCAAGGGAGUCGAGAAUGGGCAAGAUCCUAUGCGGGGAAUUGGCCAGCGUAUACCUUGGGAGUAUUUCUUUCUUCACCUGAAGAGAGGCUGGUGGUGAAGGAAGAUCUUGAGGCUUCGUGGGAGGUCACAAGAAUGACCUAUGCCCUGAGGUAUUGCCGUGAUCUAGAUAUCAUUUGGAAGUCGAGAUAG